UUUAUAUCCUUCGCUCUUAUGACUCUUUACGCCCGAAAAGAAAACAUACGAACUCGAAAAGCAGCUCUUUUCAUCCAUCCAUAGUUUCAUUUAUUGCUGAAAUUUGAAUGCCCACAGCUCGCAUCACAAUUCACGAGUGUAUUGUGUAUUCGUGUGAUCGUGUAUACCCUUUUUCUCUUAAAUCUUAAUCUGUUGCUUACAAACCCAGUCAUCUAAAACAGGGAUUAAUUAAUCAAAUCUUCCAGAAAAAUUAACAUUAAACAAUUCAAGAAUAUUGCUUUCUUCUUUGCUUCCUUCCACACUCUGAAAGAGAGAGAGUCGGCAAGAAAAACAUCGACACACUCUCACAAACACUCUAUCUCUUCACUCAAAUGUUUUUACAGAUCUCAAAUUUGAGAAAAUAAUUAUGAUAUUCAGAUCCAAAAUCAAAUGGGCAGCUUUAGGAGGAUUGAUCUUAUCCAUUGUUUCAUUAGUUGUUCAUUUAUUUCUUGCCAAAUAUUCUACUGUUGAUGUUGUUCAUUCUGCUACUUUCACUGUUUUUCCUGAUGAUUUAUCUGCUGGUGUUGGCCCGGUUUUGGGGUACAAGAAAUUGUGGGCAAAUGUGAGAUUUCUUCAGUCAUUACAGCCAUAUUCUAAUCCUAGAACUUCAUUUCCUGAGCCUGUACGGAGCAGUGGUUUUAUAUAUGCGAAAAUAUUUGGUGGAUUUGAGAAGAUAAGAAAUUCGAUUGCUGAUCUUGUUGCUGUAGCUAGACUUUUGAAUGCGACUUUGGUCAUCCCAGAGAUUCAAGAAAGUCUCCAGUCUAAAAGCAUCAGCUCAAAGUACAGUAGCUUUUCGUACAUAUACAAUGAGGAGCAGUUCCUAGCAGCUUUGCAAAAUGAAAUUAAAAUUGUAAAAACCUUGCCUUCUAAGUUGAAAGAAGCUAGAAAGAAGAAACAGUUUCCAACUUUUAAGCCUACACGGUCUGCCUUGCCAAGUUACUAUACUAGGGAAGUUUUACCAGUGUUGAAAAAAACAAAGGUUAUUGGCUUAGUGUUGUAUGAUGGCGGAUGUUUACAGGAUGACCUUAUUCCUAGCUUGGCGGAGUAUCAAAGGCUUAGGUGUAGGGUUGCUUAUCAUGCACUGCACUUUAGAGCGGAAAUUCUGGCACUUGGGCAUGAAAUUGUGAAGAGGUUAAGGGCUUCUGGCCAACCGUACAUUGCUUAUCACCCGGGGCUUGUGAGAGAUGCAUUAGCUUAUCAUGGUUGUGCAGAGCUUUUUCAGGAUAUUCAUACUGAACUCAUACAGUAUAGGAGAGGACAGAUGAUCAAGCAACGCAUUAUCAGAGAAGAGCUAAGUGUUGAUUCACAUGCUCGUAAGAUAAAUGGCUCUUGCCCCCUUAUGCCUGAAGAGGUAGGUUUGCUGCUUCGAGCCAUGGGAUAUCCUCCGCUCACCAGAAUAUAUGUGGCUGGCUCGGAAAUCUUUGGUGGUCAAAGGAUACUGAUCCCUCUCCGGGCCAUGUACACCAACUUGGUAGACCGCACCUCAUUGUGCAAUAAGCAGGAGUUGUUGAACUUGUUUGGCCCUGAAAAGCCUCUUGAGGAUAGUUUUCUUGAAACACUUCCAUCUAAAAGCCCACAGAAGUCCAAAGAAGAUUGGGACAAGGCUGGUCCCCGACCUAGGCCCCUUCCUCCUCCUCCUGACAGACCUAUUUACCGUCAUGAGAAGGAAGGAUGGUAUGGUUGGGUUGCUGAGAAGGAUGUAGAGCCAGACCCCUCACCAACAGAAUUGAGGAAUCAGGCACAUAGACUCUUGUGGGCUGCUAUUGAUUAUAUAGUGUCAGUUGAAGCAGAUGUUUUUUUUCCCGGUUUUCAUAAUGACGGCAGUGGAUGGCCAGAUUUCUCAAAUUUGGUUAUGGGGCACCGGCUUUAUGAAGUUGCAGCAUUUAGAACAUACAGACCAGAUAGGAAAAUACUGGCAGAACUAUUCAAUAGUAGCAGUGAGAAUCUAUACCAUCCCAAACGCAAAUGGAUUUCUUCGGUGAGAGAGCAUUUGAAUAAGAGUAUUGUUGUGGAGGGCCUUCUAAGAGAAUUACAAUUGUCAAAACCUUCUUCAUUCCUUUCUUACCCCAUCCCAGAGUGCUCAUGUCGGACAUCAAACUCUGCUGAGAUUCUUGGUUCAAUAUACAAAGAUGUCGACGAGUGCCCUAAAUGGAUGGAGAAAGGUCUCAAAGUCAGCCAAGAGACACUUUUAAGCGGGAGUGACUCACAAGAUGAUGAUGCUGAAUUGGAUAAGCAGAUGGAACCUGAUGAAGACAAUUCAACAGCGACAAAACCAUCAUUGGAACAGGAUGAGGAAAUGGAUCCUGAUGACUAGAGGUAGUUUUGCAAAUAUGUCCACAUUCUUUUGCAUCAUUUCCAUUGGAAAAACUAAGCAAUCUGCUUUCGACAAAGUCGAUCUCCCUCGGGUGCUAGUUUGGAGAAUACUGAUGCACCAAAGGCUGACCAAGGUUAUGAUGUUUUUCUAACUGCCCCCAUUGUAUUGAGGCUGCACUUUGAGGUACUAUAGGCCAGAUAUCUUCAGCAAGUGGUUGCCUCCUUGUCAUUUAAGCACAUGCAUUAGUUGGACGGAAAUUUUCUUCAGGAAAGCUGCAAGAUUUGGAAGCUGAUCAAUUUUUUUUAUUUAUUAAAUUUUUUUUCCAUACUAUAAGUUACAUUUUUAUUUUCUUUUCUUUUUAUAGUUCUACGUUUUUUGGUAGGAAUUUUUAUACCUGUAGGAAGGGCUUAGAUUAUUGUUCGUUCUGUAUAUCAAAAUGUAUUCUAUUUUUUACUCACGGCUAUUAAUAAAAGAAUGUAUGAUUUGUUGAGUUA